AUGCUGAUUAGCAGAACAGGUGCCAGGGUGCCCAGGUGGGUGCUGGAUGGACACACCUGUGCCCCGCCCUGGCAGGCCGCGCUCUUCCGGGGGCGUCGCUUCAUCUGCGGGGGGACCCUGGUGGCGCCCAGGUGGGUCCUGACGGCCGCGCACUGCCACGCCCCCGGCCCCAUCAGUGUCCGCCUGGGCGGCCGCGGCGAGGCCUCACCUGCGCCAGGUGAGCAGCGGCGGCGCUCGGUGAGGAUCUUCCGCUUCCCCGGCUACAACGAGAGCUCCAAGGACGGCGACCUGAUGCUGCUGCGGCUGCAGGUGCCGGCACACCUGAGCCGCCAGGUGAGCCCCCUGCCGCUGGCCCGCACCUGCGCCGCACCUGGCACUACCUGCCAGAUCUCCGGCUGGGGCUCCACCACCAGCCCAGAAGUGACGUUCCCCCAGGACCUGCACUGCAGCCAGGUGAGGAUCAUACCUGAGCUCACCUGUCGCCGCAUCUACCCCGACUCCAUCACCCCCAACAUGGUCUGUGCCGGAGAGCCCCGGAGCCGCGCCGACACCUGCCAGGGCGACUCCGGGGGUCCCCUGAUGUGCAACGGGCGCCUGCAGGGAAUCACCUCGUGGGGUCCGGGGGUGUGCGGGGACCCCCGAAAACCGGGCGUGUACGUCAACCUGUGCCGCUACGGCCGCUGGCUGCACGACACCAUGGCCCACAACUGACCCAAAAUCCCCAAAAAAUCCACCCCAAAAAAUGGCCGGGUCCAACCCC